CUCCAAAUAUACUGACGGAGAGCCCCCGAUAAAAGCUCGCAGCUCCUCUCCCCGAGGCCAAAACCCUAACCCCAGUCGUUGCAGCGGGGAGAGAGAGAAGGGAGAAGAUGAGCCGCGGGGGGAGCAUGGCGGCGUCGAAGGGAGGGAAGAAGAGGGUUUCGACGACGUUCACGAUCGAAUGCGCGAAGCCGGUGGAGGAUAAGAUCAUGGACAUCGCCUCACUCGAGAAGUUCCUGCAGGAGCGCAUCAAGGUCGCCGGCGGCAAGCCCGGCGCCCUCGGCGACCAGGUCUCCAUCACCCGAGACAAGUCCAAGAUCACCGUCACCUCCGAGGGCCCCUUCUCUAAGCGGUAUUUGAAGUAUCUAACUAAGAAAUACUUGAAGAAACACAAUGUGCGAGACUGGUUGCGAGUGAUUGCUUCCAACAAAGACCGCAGUGUUUAUGAGCUCCGAUACUUCAACAUAGCGGAGAAUGAGGGCGAAGAGGAAGACUGAUGGCACUGCCCUGUUUUAUUUCUGCCACCCUUUGAAUUUACUUCUGAGAUAUUUGAAAAGUUCUCUUAGUUUGAAGACAAGCAUAUCGUUACUCCUCCAUUUCUCUUUGGCUGUGUAGCGGACAUGAAUGCUGUCCAAUGUUUAUCAGGAAAUUCAGCUUUCUUGGAUUUCUGAAGCCCCUGGGCCAUGGAUCUGUAAUUUUUAUCAUUUUUUUUUUGGGGAUUCUAUCUUGCAUCUAAGCUUUGAACUUUUUUUUUGCAG